AUGUCGGGCGGCGGCGGGGUGAAGAAGCGCGGCUCGGCGGGGCCGGAGGAGGAGAAGAUGCUGGCGGGCGGCGGCGGCGGCGCGGGCGCGGGGGGCCCGGCGCAGGAGAACGGGUGCGCGGCGGCGCCGGCCUGCGGCGGGGAAGGCGAGGAGGUGGCGCUCAAGCGGACCAUCACGCUGGUGAACGGGGUGGCCAUCAUCGUGGGCACCAUCAUCGGCUCGGGCAUCUUCGUGGCGCCCACGGGCGUGCUGCGGGAGGCGGGCUCGCCGGGCCUGUCGCUGGUGGUGUGGGCGGCCUGCGGCGUCUUCUCCAUCGUGGGCGCCCUCUGCUACGCCGAGCUGGGCACCACCAUCUCCAAGUCCGGCGGCGACUACGCCUACGUGCUGGAGGUCUACGGGCCCCUGCCCGCCUUCCUCAAGCUCUGGGUCGAGCUGCUCAUCAUCCGGCCCUCGUCCCAGUACAUCGUCGCCUUCGUCUUCGCCACCUACCUGCUCAAGCCCCUCUUCCCCACCUGCCUCGUCCCCGACGCCGCCGCCAAGCUCGUCGCCUGCCUCUGCGUCCUGUUGCUCACAGCGGUGAACUGCUACAGCGUGAAGGCUGCCACCCGGGUGCAGGACGCCUUUGCGGCUGCCAAGCUCUUGGCUCUCACCCUCAUCAUCAUCCUCGGCUUUGUGCAGCUGGGAAAAGGUGAUGUAGUGAACCUGAGCACUGAACACUCCUUUGAGGGCACAAACCUCGAAGUCGGGAAAAUCGUCUUGGCCCUGUAUAGCGGCCUUUUUGCUUACGGAGGCUGGAAUUACUUGAAUUUCGUGACCGAAGAGAUGAUCAACCCGUACAGAAACCUGCCCCUGGCCAUCAUCAUCUCUCUGCCGAUCGUGACCUUGGUUUACGUCCUCACCAACCUGGCUUAUUUCACCACCCUGUCGGUAGAUGACAUGUUGUCGUCAGAAGCAGUUGCCGUGGAUUUUGGGAACUAUCACCUGGGAGUCAUGGCGUGGAUCAUCCCAGUCUUUGUCGGCUUGUCGUGUUUUGGUUCUGUCAAUGGGUCCCUCUUCACUUCGUCCAGGCUCUUCUUCGUGGGGGCUCGCGAAGGCCACCUGCCCUCCCUCCUCUCCAUGAUCCAUCCUCGGCUCUUCACUCCCCUCCCCUCACUCAUCUUCACGUGCAUCAUGACCCUGAUGUAUGCCUUCUCCAACGACAUCUUCUCCGUCAUCAACUUCUUCAGCUUCUUCAACUGGCUGUGCGUGGCGCUGGCGAUCAUCGGCAUGCUGUGGCUGCGCUACAAGAAGCCGGAGCUGGAGAGACCCAUAAAGGUCAACCUCUCCUUGCCCAUCUUCUUCAUCCUGGCUUGCGUCUUCCUCAUCGUGGUCUCCUUCUGGAUGACCCCCAAGGAGUGCGGCAUCGGCUUCACCAUUGUCCUCAGCGGGCUCCCGAUUUACUACAUUGGCGUCUGGUGGCAAAACAAACCAAAGUGGCUGCUGCAGCUGAUAUACUCCACGACAGUUCUCUGCCAGAAACUGAUGGAAGUGGUCCCCCAAGAGUCUUAAAAGAACCGGAGAAGCGUCUGCGCGUACGGUUUGAAGCCAGCGCACAACCUUUUAGUUUUGAAAACGCGAGUAUUUCCGACUCCUUGUCAAAAAAGAAAAAAGAAAAAAAAUCCAAGUCGGGGGCCUCCGAGGGAACCAGCCCCUGGAACUCCACAGCCCUCGCGCCCCGAACCCCACUCCCGUCCCUUGCUUCUUAUCCACAUCACUCCAGGCAGCUGACCAAUGCAGAGAAGAAGAAGUUUCGGGGUACAAACUUGAAUCUCGCGUGAAGAGAAGCGUCUGCCGGAAACCUCCGCGAGGUCUCAAUCGGUCAUAGAGCCGGAGGGCCCAACAAGAAUCCGUUCUGUUAACGUUUACAUGAGUGGCUACGCUCAUUUAGGUCAGUUCUUGAUUGGGCUUUUCUUCGUCGUCGUCAUUCGUCUUUUUUGUUAGCAGUUUAAAUUUUCUCCAUCCAAGGAAAACGAGGUUCCAGCAUUCCACACGCCCCUCCAGAUCUGCCAAAAGAGAAAUAUCCUGGGCUACUGAUUUACCUGCUGAAGCAGAGUAUGCCAGGGGAAAAAAACGGUUUUUCUUAAGCGUUACGCUCCUGAACACGAACAGACGGGGACUCGCAGAAUACAAUAAAAUGGGACCUUGCCUUGCGGACCAGCGCAGAUAUAUCGUUCCAGUCCAGACGGACUUGGCUACUCCAACACGAACUUCUUUAUUUGUGUUGUUAUUGUUAUUUUUUUUUUAGAGAUUUCUUUUUUUAAAAAAAACUCCCCCCCCCCCUUUGAGACUCCCAUGUAGUUCCGCUUUGUUAUCAACUUGCAAUAAAUGUUUUGUAUGUC